CUUGAGCUCGCUCAGGGCUUCAAUAUACGAAUAGCACAAUGCCGUCCACUUCUGAUGCCCCGGCGAGCGGCAAGCGAGUCUUUAGCGGCGCGGGCAGCAAGCACAAUGGCAACCACAGCGCCGGCCAGAAAAUCAAAAACUUCUUUCGCAUAUCAAGUAAAACGCACGAUAAUAGCGUUAUGAGCAGCGAGAAAGGCUCGCUUAAUGGAGACAAUAGCCUUGAGGACGACGCUCGCACGCCGUCGUCACAGCACAAGGAUAAGAGCAGUUUGAGACAUAGCAGAUUUAUUCCACACAUCGGCAGGUCUCGUAGCACCACUGUAGCAAGCGAAGGUAAUCCGCUUGAUGAUGGCAUGAGCCCGACUGCCCAUGCCAAUCCAUACUUCCAGCAUCAAGGACCCCCAGCGCUACGCCACCACGAUGAUAGCAGCAUUCCACCUUCACCUCCCGAUACCCCUGAAAUGUCAAAGAAGAUGCCUCCCGGCAACGCUGGCAAGGAUGCGAACGGUACGACGGGGAAGGAGGAGCUGGCUAGAAAGCUGAGAAGAGUUGCCAGUGCACCAAAUGCACAGGGCUUAUUUGGAGGCAAGGCUGGGAAUGCAGACAGCCGUCCUCAGACUGCUGAAUUCGAGACGACACCACCUACACCGAAGAUCAAUGGUCUCGGACAGCACAACAACGCCAGUGCGCUUUCGAUGGUGGAGACAGUCCCACAGAACGGAGAUCUGCUUCCAGUCCCUGGCAUCAAUGGACCAAUCACACCAGGCAAGCUGCGAAACAGCAUAGCCUUCAGACGGACCUACAGUAGUAACAGCAUCAAGGUCCGGAAUGUGGAGGUUGGCCCGGGCAGCUUCGACAAGAUAAAAUUGAUUGGUAAAGGUGAUGUUGGCAAAGUAUAUCUUGUCAGAGAGAAGAAGAGCUCGAGAUUAUAUGCUAUGAAAGUUCUUUCGAAGAAGGAGAUGAUCAAGCGCAACAAGAUCAAGCGAGCUCUGGCGGAACAGGAAAUCUUGGCCACGAGCAAUCAUCCUUUCAUCGUUACCCUUUAUCAUUCCUUCCAAUCUGAGGAUCACCUGUAUCUCUGCAUGGAAUACUGCAGUGGCGGAGAAUUCUUCCGAGCCCUUCAAACACGCCCAAACAAGUGCGUAGACGAAGACGCUGCGAGAUUCUAUGCGGCAGAGGUCACUGCAGCGCUAGAAUAUCUUCACCUCAUGGGCUUCAUCUACCGAGACUUGAAACCAGAGAACAUCUUACUGCACCAAUCGGGCCAUAUCAUGUUGUCCGAUUUCGAUCUUUCAAAGCAGUCAGACCCAGGUGGGGUGCCGGGUAUGAUCUUGGCCGGCGGUCGAAAUGCCAGUGGCGGUAUCUCGAGCAAUCCGAACCCUAGCAACAUGCCUACAAUCGACACCAAGAGCUGUAUCGCUAACUUUCGCACCAACUCGUUUGUCGGCACCGAAGAGUACAUUGCACCGGAAGUGAUCAAAGGCUGCGGGCACACGAGUGCGGUUGACUGGUGGACACUCGGUAUCCUGAUCUACGAAAUGCUCUUCGGCACUACACCUUUCAAGGGUAAAAACAGGAAUGCGACGUUCGCCAAUAUCCUACGAGACGAAGUUCCAUUUCCUGAAGGAAGUGGUGCUCCCAAUAUUUCCAAUCUUUGUAAAUCGCUUAUUCGAAAACUGCUUAUCAAAGACGAACUCCGCCGUCUCGGUUCGCGUGCAGGCGCGUCAGAUGUCAAAGGACAUCCAUUCUUCCGAAGCACUUCUUGGGCACUCCUACGCCAUUCGAAGCCUCCCAUUAUUCCCAACCAAGGGCGCGGCGUUGAUACUAUCAAUUUCCGCAACGUGAAAGAGUCGCAAUCGAUCGAUAUUGGAAAUGGCGCAAAUACCGGCGUGAACAAAGGAUUUGGCACGCCGGCCAGCAAGAUGAAGGGUGUACCUCUGGAUAGUGGUCUUGAUACACCAGGUGGAGAGAUUGCGGAUCCGUUUGAGGAAUUCAACAGUGUGACACUGCAUCAUGACGGAGAUGAGCAGAAUCAUGCUGUCGAGGAUAACGCGCCUCAACAAAGUAAUGGUCAUGCUCAUCGGUAGCGUUGGCGCUGCGGCGAAAUGCUGCAUGAUGGUGAAGACAUCAUUGUCGACCAGAGACUUGAGUCAAACCCAAGGGCCAAAAGAGGGUCGCAGCGGCAAGACAUGAUGCACUGCGCACGAGGUCGCCUUCGAGGGCAUUUGUAAAUACUGCACAAAGGCGGCAAGGCGUUCGGGGCAACGUGUGUUUUUACAUCGGGGCAGGCGGGACUUGCAAAGACCUAAGCUGUGCUACAGCAUUGAGCGCACGAACGAGACGAUCUGAAAGCAUUCAUUG